CCUCCGCGCUCUCCCGAAGCUCCGCCCGCCGCUGACCGCUCUUCAGUCCGGGUCAGAGUUCCGCGAGUAACGGAGGAAUGGCGAAGGUCUGCGGCAGUCUACUGUUCGGGGCGCUGGUUCUGGCGAUACUGAAGACUUCAGCGUCAGAAGGACAACAGAAGAAAAUCAGACAGAAGAGAGAGUGGAUUAUCCCACCCCACAAACUGAAGGAAAAUGUUGAUUACACGAACAGGGAAUUCAUAGCCAAAAUCCGUUCAGAUGAGGAGACCAGGACAAGUAUACAAUAUUCACUGACUGGAAUUGGUGCUGAUAAGCCUCCCAUUAACUUGUUCACUGUUAAUAGUGAGACUGGCGUGGUCAGGAUCCAUGGAGUGUUAGACAGAGAGAAAACUCCCGUUUAUUAUCUCCAAGGGGUGGCCAAAUUUCUGGAUGGCAGUUAUGCUGAGAACAAUAUUGAUUUGAGAAUCGUGGUGGAGGAUGAGAACGAUUGUGCUCCUGUGUUUAACCUGACAAUGGGAGCUGUUUAUGAGCGGAGCGCAACAGGUCAUUUUGUAAUGACGGUCACCGCAACAGACGCAGAUCAAGAAGGAACUCUGCAUACAAAAAUCGCCUACAGCAUUAUGGAACCGAAUCCCGGGAACAUGUUCUUCAUCAAUCGAGAAACUGGUGGGAUACACGUCCAGCACAACAUGCUCGACAGAGAGAAACAAGAAAGAUACACAUUAAUUAUUAUUGGAGCCGAUAUGGGUGGAAAUAAGGGUGGAAAAACAGGAACAGGAACUGCUAUCAUUAAUAUUCUUGACGUCAAUGACAACAUUCCCACUUUGGAGAAAAACUCUUAUGAGUGCCGUGUGGAGGAAAACACUAGAAAUGUGGAAGUGAUGAGGUUUCAAGCAAUCGACGCGGAUCUGAUCUACACUGAAAACUGGCUGGCCAUCUUCACAAUCGUGUCAGGAAAUGAAGCUGGUUAUUUCUCCAUAAUCACAGACAACAAGACCAACGAAGGCAUCCUGAUUCUUCAUAAGGAGCUGGACUAUGAAGAGCUGAAGGAAAUCAAGCUGCAGGUGUCUGUUGCUAACAAGGCACAGUAUCACUCUUCAGUAGUCAUAACAGAGAGCAAGACGUACACCAUCCACGUCAGUGUGGUCAACCAGCCUGAGGGCCCUCGCUUCAAACCCACCGUCAAAGUCAUCACCAUCUCGGAAGAAAGCACCACCACUAUUUUACAAAAAAUCAUUACCAAUUACGCAGCAAUAGACAGCGACACGCUCCUAAUUGCUACUAACGUGAGAUAUGCAAAAGGAAAAGAUGUUGACAACUGGCUGAUCAUAGAUGAGAGGACGGCUGAUAUCAGACUCAAUAAAAUACCAGAUUAUGAGUCCAGGUUUCUGAUCAAUGGCACAUAUUACGCUGAGAUAAUCUGCAUCACUAAUGAUGUCCCAGCAAAAACUGCAACAGGAACCAUUGCCAUUCAAGUAAAAGACUUUAAUGACCACUGUCCCGUGCUGAUCCGUCAGUCUCAAACGCUGUGCUUUGAGGACCACGUGAUUUAUGUCACAGCUGUGGACAGAGAUCAGUUCCCCAAUGGAGCACCCUUUGGUUUCAAAGUGGACACCACAAGCACAAAGGAGUCCUGGAGCAUCGAGCCUCUCAAUGACACUACAGCGAUAUUCAGGUCUCAGAAGACACUGUGGCCUGGCAUGUACCAUGUGUUUGUGGACGUGUGGGACCAGCAGGGGAACAUCUGUGCUGGUCAGGAGCUUCAGAUCGACGUCUGCAAGUGUAACGCAGCUAAAGUUUGCCUGCCCAAAAAGAUCGUCUCCACGUUUACAGCGUCUGGUGUUCUUCUGAUGCUGCUGGGACUGCUGCUGCUCCUGUUGGUGCCACUUCUGCUGCUCUUCUGUCUUUGUGGAGGCGCAGGAGCUGCUGGAGAUUUCAAGACCAUGCCGUUUGAUACUAGAGAGCAUCUUAUCACAUAUAACACUGAAGGACAGGGGGAUGACCAGGAAAUGGCUCUCUUAAAGAUUUCAAAGGAGGUGGAGGAACACAAUCGCGGUAAUGUGGGUGCAGUAGGAGGAGCUCAGACAUGGGGUGGAGUAAAGGAUGGUGGAUGUGGAGCAGAAGGCUCACACUGGACCUCGUUCUAUGACCAGCGUGACAGUGCAUACCAUCACCAGACGGAUGGGCGGUACGUGUGUGGAAUAAGAAAAGAAGAACACAGCAGAUUUGAAGACUACAUGUUUGACGGGCUUGCACUGUCUGAUGGUUUCUUAGGCAACUACUACUCUCAAAAAGUAAGUAAUUUGACUAAGAAGCAAGACACGGGAGACAGUCUAAAGAUCUACAACUACGAGGGUCAGGAAUCAUACAAGGGCUCAUUUGAGGACAUCUGCGAUCUCUUACACGAAGACAACGACUUAGCUUUUCUUGAUGACCUUGAUCUAAAUUUCAGAACCCUGGCUGAAAUCUGUAGAGGUUCUAAAAUAGAGACUAAAAUCAGCACGAACGUCCCUGUGACCUCAAAACCAGUCUUCCCAACCACACACAAAGAUGUUAACAUACAAGAGUCAGUUAGUAAUUUACAGUCUCAGGAGAAAGCGACCUCAUCCGCCAUCAUUCACACCUCAGGAGCGCAGCAGACCAGCAGUAUGUCUUCAACAGGAGUCUAUGUCCAAGAUAAAGUUGUGGUGCCUAACCAAACCCUGUUAGUCCAGCAGCCUGCAUUUUACUAUGCGCCUGCCUCCCCCAUUUAUGUGAUGGAAGCCCAGCCUACUCUGCUGGUGACGUCCGGCCCAGUCCUAGGCCUUCAGGAGAACCUGCUGAUGGAGGAGAAGAAAGGCUCUGGUGCUUCUGCCAAACGUGAAACACAGCACUACCAGAGUGUAGUUCUUGUUGAAAAGCAGCCACCAAAAGUGGCUUUGCAAACUCAAGGAGCGAUGCAUAUGGUUAACACUGAAAUAAUGCAGUCCAUGGAGGCUCAAGGGAUUAAACGUGCACUGCAUCCAUCCACCCAGAUGGUUAACACUGAAAUAAUGCAGUCUAUGGAGGCUCAAGGGGUUAAACGGGCAUUGCAUCCAUCCACCCAUAUGGUUAACACUGAAAUAAUGCAGUCUAUGGAGGCUCAAGGGGUUAAACGGGCAAUGCAUCCAUCCACCCAGAUGGUUAACACUGAAAUAAUGCAGUCUAUGGAGGCUCAAGGGGUUAAACGGGCAAUGCAUCCAUCCACCCAGAUGGUUAACACUGAAAUAAUGCAGUCUAUGGAGGCUCAAGGAGUUAAACGGGCAAUGCAUCCAUCCACCCAGAUGGUUAACACUGAAAUAAUGCAGUCCACUGAGGUUCACGAGGUUAGACGGGCGGUUCAUCCAGGUAGAAGGGUGAUGGCUGGAGCGGGCAGAGAGACCGAUGUUUAUGCUUCGUUGGAAAUGAGGGUUCCUCAAAGCCUGUAAGCACUUGGGAUGCACCGAUACAACAUUUCUCAACCGAUAACCGAUUAUUCAGAAUAACAUCUGCCAGUACCCAUACCAUGGUUUUAUUAAAGUCCAGGUCAACUGGAAGUUGCUGCUGACUUUCCUUAGUAUUGCGACAUAAUAUUUACAACUGAAUAUUUAAUGGAGGGGGAGUUUUUUAAUGCUCCUCCUCUCAGUUUUUUGCUUACAGCAAAUUAAAGGGGUGGUUCAGAAUAUUCUUUGCCAAAUUGCUCACCUCAAGACCUUAAGCAAUGUAUUAUAACAAAUGAAAAAAUGUCUAGCCGCCUCUCAUUUGGCACAUUGCUAUAAUAUAAAACGUUAAAAUUUACAAAAAAACCUGAAAUGUUUUAUUCAACUGCUGUUUAUUUUCAGAUACAAUCAAAUUAAUAUUUAAAUGUUUCUAUACAACUCAAUUGCACAUUAGUUCGUUUUUGUAAAAAAAAAAAAAAAAAACUUAUCAUGACAGAUUUAUUCAGACAUACAUACAUAAUUAACAAUAGAAAUGCUAUGUUUAGCAUCCGCGGUAUGAAAAUGAUCGCUGCAAGAUGCUGCUCGAGUGAAGGAGUAUUCAGAGAAAAUUAUUUUCCACUCAAUUUGACUUUUAGAAAGUUAGUAAAGUGUGAAGUUUCAGUUUAGGGUCAGCGAUAUCUUUAUCUUAUUUUAUUUGCAAAGGAUUUGAAAUAAUUUAGGUUUAUUAUUAUAA